AUGGACGUGGACGUGGACGUGGACAUGGUCGUGGACGUGGACGUUGACGUGGACGUGGACAUGGACGUGGACGUGGACGUGGACGUGGACAUGGACGUGGACGUGGACGUGGAGGACGUGGACAUGGACGUGGACGUUGACCUGGACCUGGACGUGGACGUGGAGAUGGACGUGGACGUGGACGUGGACGUGGACGUGGACGUGGACUUGGACGUGGACGUGGACGUGGACAUGGACGUGGACGUGGACGUGGACGUGGACAUGGACGUGGACGUGGACGCGUGGACGUGGACGUGGAGGACUUGGAGACGUGGACGAGGAUUGGACGUGGACGUGGACGUGGACAUGGACGUGGACGUGGACGUUGACAUGGACGUGGACGUGGACGUGGACGUGGACGUGGACAUGGACGUGGACGUGGACAUGGACGUGGACGUGGACGUGGACGUGGACGUGGACGUGGACGUGGACAUGGACGUGGACGUGGACGUGGACAUGGACGUGGACGUGGACGUGGACGUGGACGUGGACGUGGACUUGGACGUGGACUUGGACGUGGACGUGGACGUGGACGUGGACGUGGACGUGGACAUGGACGUGGACGUGGACGUGGACGUAGACGUGGACGUGGACGUGGACGUGGACGUGGUGGUGGACGUGGACGUGGUCGUGGACGUGGACGUGGACCUGGACGUGGACGUGGACGUGGACGUGGACGUGGACGACGUGGACCUGGACGUGGACGUGGACCUGGUCGUGGACGUGGACGUGGACGUGGACGUGGAUGUGGACGUGGACAUGGACGUGGAGGACGUGGACAUGGACGUGGACGUUGACGUGGACGUGGACGUGGACGUGGAGAUGGACGUGGACGUGGACGUGGACGUGGACGUAGACUUGGACGUGGACGUGGACGUGGACGUGGACGUGGACGUGGACGUGGACGUGGACGUGGACGUGGACGUGGACGUGGACGUGGACGUGGACGUGGACGUGGACGUGGACGUGGACGACGUGGACAUGGACGUGGACGUUGACGAGGACGUGGACCUGGACGUGGACCUGGAGAUGGACGUGGACGUGGACGUGGACGUGGACGUGGACUUGGACGUGGACGUGGACGUGGACAUGGACGUGGACGUGGACAUGGACGUGGACGUGGACGUGGACAUGGACGUGGACGUGGACGUGGACGUGGACAUGGACGUGGACGUGGACGUGGAGGACUUGGAGGUGGACAUGGACGUGGACGUGGACGUGGACAUGGACGUGGACGUGGACGUGGACGUGGACGUGGACGUGAACAUGGACGUGGAGGUGGACGUGGACGUGGACAUGGACGUGGACGUGGAAGUGGACGUGGACGUGGACGUGGACGUGGACAUGGACGUGGACGUGGACGUGGAGAUGGACGUGGACGUGGACGUGGACAUGGAGGUGGACGUGGACGUGGACCUGGACGUGGACGUGGACGUGGACGUGGACGUGGACGUGGUCGUGGUCGUGGACGUGGACACGGACGUGGUCGUGGACGUGGACACGGACGUGGACGUGGACGUGGACACGGACGUGGACACGGACGUGGUCGUGGACGUGGACACGGACGUGGACGUGGACGUGGACACGGACGUGGACGUGGACGUGGACGGGGACGUGGACGUGGACGUGGACGGGGACGUGGACAUGGACGUGGACGUGGACGUGGACGUGGACGUGGAGGACGUAGACAUGGACGUGGACGUGGACGUGGACGUGGACAUGGACGUGGACAUGGAGGUGGACAUGGACGUGGACAUGGACGUGGAGGUGGACAUGGAGGUGGACAUGGACGUGGACGUAGACGUAGACGUAGACGUGGACGUGGACGUGGACAUGGACGUGGACGUGGACGUGGACGUGGACGUGGACGUGGACGUGGACAUGGACGUGGACGUGGACGUGGACGUGGACGUGGACGUGGACGUGGACGUGGACGUGGGCGUGGACGUGGGCGUGGACGUGGUCGUGGACGUGGACGUGGUCGUGGACGUGGUCGUGGACGUGGACAUGGACGUGGACGUGGACGUGGUCGUGGACGUGGACGUAGACGUGGACGUGGACGUGGACGUGGACAUGGACGUGGACAUGGACGUGGACGUGGACGUGGAGGUGGACGUGGACGUGGACAUGGACGUGGAGGUGGACGACGUGGACGUGGACAUGGACGUGGACGUGGACGUGGACGUGGACGUGGACGUGGACCUGGUCGUGGACGUGGUCGUGGACGUGGACGUGGACGUGGAGGACUUGGAGGUGGACGUGGACGAGGACUUGGACGUGGACGUGGACGUGGACGUGGACGUGGACGUGGAAGUGGACAUGGACGUGGACAUGGACUAG